GACCGAAAAGAACACAGGAAAAAGACAACUGCGAAUUACUGCGACCGAAAACUGCAACACAAACGCUCGUCCUCUGCUGUUGUCAUUCCUCCACACAAAUAGACAACUAUAAACCGAGGAUUAAGGCUUUUAUAAGCCUUGGAAUUCUCCUCAAGUUCUGAUUCAGUAGCUGGGAUGCAUAAUUUCCCUCUAAAUUUUAGCUUGUUUAAUGGCAGGUAUUGGAAAUUUCACAGUAAAAAGGAAGAGAUAUUUAUUAGACAUAGAAGUGCAUUAAGCAACCGGAGAAGAUUAUUUACGCGGUCGUAAGAAUCUGCAAGGGUGACUUAUUUUUUAUUUUAUUUUUGUUUUUUAACAUUUGAAUGUAAUAGAGAGCCGUUUGUUUUUAAAGGUGCUUCUGUAGGGGACGUCGAGGUUAGUGGUUAUUUGAUUACAACCCAGUAUUGGCAUUUUGUUUAUUAUUGCUAUAUUUCUGUUUGAGCCGUAUAUUCUCCAAACUAACGUGCUAAACAUUGUUUUGGUUUGGUGUAACGGCGGAAUAACAGGCCGAUGGUUGUUUAGCAAAGAAAUUGACACCUAGUGGCUCUAAAACGUCAUUGCAAUUCUAUCAGUAUAUAUAAAAAAGUUGAAUACACCAUGAAGCUCCUGGAAAACUCCGGUUUUGAGGCCAUAAACAGUCUCCUCACUAUUGAAACGGGAGACUGUAAGAUAAUUGGACGUAUCGAGAGCUACUCCUGUAAGAUGGCAGGUGAUGACAAGCAGAUGUUUAAGCAGUUUUGUCAGGAGGGGCAGCCGCAUGUGCUGGAGGCUCUGUCUCCUCCGCAGAGCUCAGGAAUCAGCCCCAACAAACUGAGCCAGAGUUUGGAUGAUGGGGAGGGUCCUCUUUCGGACAAGUGCAGCAGAAAGACGCUUUUUUACCUGAUCGCCACUCUCAAUGAAUCCUUCCGGCCAGACUACGACUUCAGUCGCACCAAAGGCCACGAUUUCAGCAAAGAGCCUAGUGUUAAUUGGGUGUUUAAUGCAGUGAACAGCAGUUUGUCUGCUGCUGCGGGUGAGGUGUACAGUCACCUACAGCCUCAGUUAUGGGAGGCUCUAGACAAGGAGAUCAGCCUUGCUGAAUGUGACAUAUACAGCUACAACCCAGAUCUAGAUUCCGACCCUUAUGGGGAAGAAGGCAACCUAUGGUCCUUCAACUACUUCUUUUAUAACAAAAGACUGAAGAGGAUCGUGUUCUUCACAUGCCGUUCUGUCAGUCUUUUCAUGGCUCCACGUGACUCUGGCAUCGGCACUGAACUGGAUCUGGAGUUAGAUGAGGGCAGCUAUGAGGAAGAGGAAGAGGGCAACAUGGAUGAAGAGAGGUACGGUGCACUGUGUGCCUGAUGAAGCCCUCCUCCUUAUCAUCUGAAGCCAGCAUAUCUUGCCUGAGUUUUAAUCGCCUGUUAUUCUUUUCUGCUUCUGUUUCAAUUUUAUAUAUCGUUGGUCAUUUCUGAAGAAUAGAGAGAUGUGGUAAUCCAGAGAGUGCUAUUCAUUGCACUUUAGCAUUUUUCUUUACUUUUCUGUGUACUUUCCGUUGCAUUCUCUUAAUGUUCCUCUGAAUGAACAUGUGUGAUAUGUGUUAUGAUACUUGCCAUUUUACACUUCCAAAGAGGUCAUGUUAUUUGUAUCUGAGUGCGUGUAUAUAAGUUUUAUUCUCCCUGGCUGUUUUCUCCCUCUCCAGGUAUUUUUAUUUUUUGAUACUCAAACCUCAUUCAUUUAUUCGUGUUCAUUAUUUCCACUAGUUUUUAUGACUCCAAGUACUUUACUUCAGUAUUUCCACUAGGUGGCAUCCUUGUCUUCUGCCUCUGAUCAUCCUUUAAUGUUUUAAGUUUUAAAGCAUUUUGAGCAUUAAAUGAAAUUAAAAGAUUGUAAGUCAUAGUUCACAUUUAAAUGUUUUUUCAAGUUUCCAUGUUUGUGAGACCAAUACAUGCUUAUAAUUCAAUGUUUUUUUUUUUGUUAUAGCAACAUUCCCCUGAUUUUUGUCUCUAUUAAUCACAGUAUAAGUUAAUGGAUGAGUGUCAUUUUGUUUUGGAUUUGGAUUUAAUAUAUUUUCCUUCAACUUUCUAGCCUCAAGAGACAAUAUUAAAUUUAAACAGAUAUUAGCGUAAACAUCGCCCAGUAGAUUUAUUGGUGUCUUGACCUUUGGAUCAACUUUUUUAGUUGCGCCCCCAAAGCAAAUAAAUAUGUGAAAGGAAAACCAUGAUGGGUAUGUAAAGUUGAGUUUUUCUAAAGCUCUAAGGUUUUGCUUGGAUUUUGUAACAUAUGUGAGGUGUAUAACAUGAAGUAAACAUUGCAGUUCUGCUUUCUUCCACAAAGACUUAUUUUGCGUUGUCUUUUGACUCUUGAUAUUGUUUGCUGAUGUGUUUAUAGCUGUAGAUCUAACAUGGUUCUGUGGAUAAUAUUGAUUGUCUAUAAACUUUGAGUGGGUGUCAA